CACCCCUCUUUUCUUGUUCUCAUUCAUCUCACACUAUCCUUUAAUCUAUCAAUUUCUGUUUAAUUUUAAUAUAAAUGAUUCAACGAUAUUAAAUCUUACAAUUUUAUCUUUCAAUUCUUUUUUUCUCUCCAAUAUAUCUUCUCUUCUCAUGGAUUUCUCAUCUGCCUUUUCUUUUCUCUCUUCUCCUGUACAACAGAAAACAGCUUACAACCCUAGAGUGGAAGCUAUUUCACCAACAUUGCCGUGUGAGGAAACGCAACCAGAUUACAACUCCACAUUUAGGACGUCUAAAGAUGAAUUGUUACAGAAUAUUGAUAAAAUUGAUAGAGAGAUAUCACAAACAGAGACUCAGAUAUCCGAAUUAAGGGAAAGAAAGAAGCAGCUUGAAUUGAAAGCAGCUUCACGAGAUUCACUCAAAGAUGUAGAAAAUGUAGACAACUCUUCAGAGACUCGGCAGCUUAGUAUUGCUCAACUAAUAUACUCCGAGAACAGGCGUAAAGCCCGAGAGUCACAUGAUAUUUUAUCUAAAUUUGGUCCAAAUUUUGACUUGCCUCUCUAUCACCAACCUUCUGACUCACCAGUCUAUCAUCAAAAUAUUGAAAAGUUUAAAGCUUUUAAACCAAGACUGAUUAAAUAUUUCAAGAAACGCCAUGAAGAGAAGAAAGCAAAUCAAAAAUACCUUUUGGAAACCUACGAAAGGCUAAUGUCCAAAUGGCUGAAAAAACUUGAGAAGAAUGAACUUAAUCCGGGUAAAAAAGCCAAAGAUAACAAGACUAGAGAAUUUUUUGAGAAACAGUUUCCAGAAUUGAAGAAACAAAGGGAAGACAGGGAGAGACUUUCUCGAGCUGGACAGAGGAUAAGAAGUGAUGCCGAUUUGGAAGAGAUUAUGGAUGGUCUUCAAGAGCAAGAGCUAGAAGAUCGUAAAAUGAGAAGUUGCGCAGUGAUACCUCCGAUAAUGCAGGACAAUAAAACUAGGAGACAUAAAUUUAUCAAUUAUAAUGGAUUAGUAGAAAAGCCCAAAGAGAAAUAUAAUGAAAUUCAAUUAGUUAAUAUCUGGUUGGACCAUGAGAAAGAUAUAUUCAGAGAAAAGUUCAUGCAACAUCCGAAAAAUUUUGGUUUGAUUGCAAGUUACUUAGAGAGGAAAACUGUACCGGACUGCGUUCAUUAUUAUUACCUCUCCAAGAAAAGAGUUAAUUACAAACAAAUCUUAAGGAAACAAGUUAAAAAGAGAACCCGAGCUCUUGUUAAACAACAACAACAGCAACAACAACAGCAGCAACAACAACAACAACAACAACAGCAACAACAACAGCAACAGCAGCAACAAGCUCAACAAUCUGACCCUAAAGGACAAGCCGAUAUUGACUCUGCUCAACCGGUAUCUGGGACAGGAAUUAACAGUGAAUCUACUCAGAAUGUGAUAGUUAAUGAUUUGAAUAAUUAUUCAACAAACUCUAAAGGUAAUACUAAAGAUUCAUCAAACUUAGAAAAUCAACCUUGUGUUUCUUCUGCCGUCUCUUUGCCUUCAUCAUCAGCCGCCAACAGUGGAACCGAAGGAGCUGAUGAUACAAUCGGGAAGAAAGAUCUCAAUAAUGAAAUAAACGAUAAAUCCAAUGAUAAAAGUGACAGUGAGGAAAAUAAAUGUGAUGGGCCAGUUAUUAAAUGUUGUGUAUGUGAAGAGGUUAUACCUUCAAAUACCAAGUGUUCAUCUAUAACAAAGUCAAAUUGUCAUCUGUAUGGUAUUCAUUUCGAAGAGAUUAAAGGAGAUCUAAAAGUUUGUCUCAAUUGUCGAUUCAAGCACAUUCGUAAAGAAUGUCCGAUCCAAUCUUGUAAAACAACUAAAAGAAAAGUGAAACGUCUUAAACUUCUUCCUCAGCAAUGGUUUGAUCUUUCCAACGACUUGAAGCAAUCUAUUGCCAAAGAAAUGAACAUUCCACCAGAUAUUAGAAAAUGUUGUACUCGCUGUGUCAUAAGGAUCUCUCGGAGAAUCGGAGCAAUUUCACCUCUUUUAACUUACACAAAAAAAUCUUUCGCUAACGAGUUUCAUGACUGGAAAGAUGAAGAAAUUGUCAAGUUGGAAGAUGCAUUGUCUACUAUUGGUAAAAACUGGUUUGAAAUUUCAAGCAUAAUAGGAUCAAAAAAUGCUUUACAGUGCAAAGAAUUUUAUUUCAAUUACAAGUACAAAUUAAAUCUGAAUAAAUCAGUUGAAAGCUAUUGGAGUAAAAAUGGUGAUCCUAAUCCUCAGGCCAGUGAUUCUGAGGAUUAUUUCAAAGAUAAUAGUGAAGAUGAUAGUGAGGCAACUUCCAGUGCCGAUGAAGGAGUUGAAAAGUCAAAUAGUGAGACAAAACGUUCAAAUAGCCCACCAAUAAACAUUGUAGUAUCAGGUGAAAGUGCAACUGUAACAACAACUGUAACUAAUACCACAAUUCCAAUUACAACUUCCUCUAUGACACCUGUAACAAAUGAAAGUGCAACAACAACAAGAAACUCAUCAACAAGCGGAGAUGGUAGCGAUAUGAGUGGCUGCCCUGAAAAUAAAUUAGGUGACCUUAGAGCAAUCAGUACAUCUCAAGGUAGCCUUAAAAGUGACUAUGACAGUAGUGCUACAGUGAGUGCAGAUGAAGGCCGUGGUAAUGGAGAUGAGGAUAUGCGUAAUUCACCACCUUCGUCCAAAAUAUCUCAAAGAUCAAACUCAGUCAUGCCCAAUUUCCCUCCAUCUAAUCAUGUUAUCCUUCCUGACGUUGAUCGAGUCGUACGACCAGUUAGUCAUGAAUCAGCUUAUACUCAAGAGCCCACAAUGAAUCAUCCUAAUCGACCCAUGGAAGGACUUGCAGCUCAGCAACGUUAUCGUGCACCACCAUUUCUCAUUCACCAUGAUACCAAUUCAAUACGACCACCUCCAUCCAAUUCAACACCUCUUCCUAAAAUUAAAUUAGAAAAUAUCCUCGGACCACCAAUUCUUAACUCUACAGAAGACAAGCCACGUUUUGUUAGUGAUUUGAUUCACCAGGUUAUUGAAAAUAGUUUUCAAUCACCAAAUAAACCACCAUUUUCUCUGCCUCAUGUACCAGAAGGUAAUCCACCACAUCCUCCACGCAGUCCUUUCAAUUCCAGUGGUCAAAAUGUUGCCAGUAUAUCACCUUCACCAAACCGAGAAAGUCACCUAAUGAUGAUGAAUAACUCAACUGUUCCAAUUUAUCCAAUACAAGAGAUUAAGAAAGAGAUGCCUUCCUCUGAAACAUGUAGAUUUGGUUCUAAAUCAUCAACAUCAAAUGAUAUUCGUAUUCCUCGAUUUAACUCUCAUCCUUAUGUUGUUAAACCGGAAGGUCUCGCUAUGAUGGCCUCUUACCCUUCAUCUUAUCCUCCGGGUGUUUCUUUUCCACCUCCUCCUCCAAAUGACCCUGACAAUGAAAUUCAAGAUCUCAGUAAAAAAACGCGCAAAUUAGACGACGAUUAUCCUCAGAGUCACUUACCUCCCACAAAAAGAGAAAGAUACGAAUCUUCCAACAUGAGGGGAAAUGAGUUCAAAAAAUCUCCUGUUCCUGCUCACAUGACACCAACUCCUCCCCCAGCUCACUCUAACCAAAUACAAAGGACAUCUAUACAUGAUAUACCAGUUUCUAAUCUAUCAACUAAUGAAAAUACACAAAUUAGUAGGCCAGCUGAGCCUCCAAGAUUAGAAUCAAGAACUUUCAUCCACAAUGAUGGAUCUAGUUUCGGUCCCAUGAUGGUUCAUGGUCCGAGUGGUUCACCUUUACUUAGACACGCAAUAAGAGCACCAACCAUCAAAGCUCCUCAUUCAAAUCCAUCCCCUGUUACCCAUACACCUCCACCACCUUUGAUUACAUCAAAUAAAAGCUAUCAAAUGCAAAGUGGAUCUCAAUUAUCUCCAAAACCACCUUAUCGAGAUAAGAUGAUCCCUUCACAAAUGGCAUCAGGAUCAAUCACUCAAGGUACACCAAUUAUUAUGGCUCAACAUGGACCAAUACAUUCCACUCAGUAUAGUAAUCAACAGAAUUAUGAGAGACUAUUUCGUCAACUUACACCCACUUAUCCAAAGGAUUCUGGUUCGAUCACUUUAGGAACACCAGUACCUCAAGAUUCUGCGAAAAGAAAAAAUGAGCCUCAAUCACAUCACGAUAAUCUAAAUAAACCUUAUCCUGGUGGUCCUGGUGUUUAUGAACCUAAUCCAAUGGACUCUUAUUAUAGACGAAUGCCAGAAUCAAAUAUGCCUUAUCCUCCUCAUCCUCAUCCUCCUCCCACUCAAUCACCGUAUCAUGGUUCACCAAUUAACUUUCCUCCAAAUGAAGGUCACAUGAAAAGUAAAUACUUGCCUGAGUCUCAAUCAAGCAACCAGAUAAUGAUCGAUUUUAACACAUCUAAACAAAUGCAACCUCGUCAACCUUCAAGUGAUGUUAAAGAAUCACAUUCCAUAUCCUCUUUACUGAGUAGACCAUCAGACUCAAGUCCACAUAUUUCACCACAAGGGAGAGUACCACAAUCUAUGUACCCCUUCCAGUCCAAUUUACCUAAUAUCGUCGCGGGGAGUGGAAUGCCCCCUCAAGUCAAUGUUGGAAACAAUGAUCAUAAAUAUCCUAAUCCCUCACUCGCACCUCACUUAAUUCACUCUAAUCCUUCCAGGUCAAGUCCAACACCAGAACAUUGGAUUCCAAAACCAGGUCCAGCGUCUAAUUACCCUAUUGGCUCAAUGGCAAAACGUCAAAAUGUCAUACAGCAAUACAGUAAUCCUACUAGUAAACAAUCAGUUAUUCAAAGUGUCAAGUCAAAUUCACCUCGUGAUAUCAAUAUGAGAGCAGAACCCUGGCCCUCACGUUUUAUCACCUCUCCUGGUUAUCCAGAUUCACACGAUGCUUUCAAGACUCUCGUUGAUGUAGCAGUUGCAAGACGAAAUACAACAAAUUCAAGAGAAGAGCAGCAACAUCAACAACAUCAACAACAACAACAACAACAACAACAACAACAACAACAACAUCAACAACAACAGCAUCAGCAACAGCAGCAGCAGCAACAACAACAACAACAUCAACAUCAUCAACAACAACAACGUAUGGGAAUGAUGAAUUUACCUAGAAAUGUCCAUCAAUCUAAGUCACCUUCAACUGAUAGACAAUCAAGUGAUCAGAUGAACAAAAAUAUCAUGGAAAUGCAGCAAAGAUCAAGAACUGUUCAAGACAUGGGAAUAAAAUCUAAAAUUGCUGAAAAAAUGAGAUUACUAGAUGACAAACAUUACGGAAUACCAAAUCCUGAGCUUCAACAACAACAACAACAACAACCUGGAAGAGAAAAUAUCAAUCAUCCUUACCACCCUGAAGAUGAAAAAUUGAUUGAUAACAAAUAUUUACCUGGUCCAUCAACAUCUUCAAGUCCUCAAACAAUUCAUAAACUUCCAUUUACUAAAGAAGCUUUCGAGAAAGAAUUGCGACAACAAGACAUGAGAUUAUCAGACUCUCAUGGACGUAAAUCAGUUGAAGCUUUGGAGAUACAAAAUAAUCAAAAUAAGAAUCUUUCUAGAGCUCAAUUGGUUGAAUUAAGUGAUAUUGAAGCUUCAAGAAUAUUUUCACAUUCUUUCCAAAAAGAUGAACCUAGAAACCAUUCAAAAGGAGAAAUCACUGCUGCUAAUUUAAUCACUGCGAUAAUUACUCGACAAAUUAACCAACCUGGUGAAGAAGCUAGAAAAGAAUCUCAACAAACGCCUGAUUCGGGUGAAAACAAGCCCAGCGAUGUAAGGCCUAAUGUCUCAACUACCAACGAGAUUUCUGGUAAUUAUCCAAUGAAUGAGCAACAAAAUAGGCUACAUGAAAGAGACGAAGGAUCAUCUAAAUCAUUUGCCGGAAGUGGUUUACCUUCCCAUUUUGACCAAACACAACAACAACCUCAACACUUAACCAAUAAUCCAAAUGAAAAAGACGACCAAACAUCUCGACAAAACUUCAAGGAUCGAAUUGCUAAUAUCAUUUCUAAAAGCUAUUCAGACGAUGCUUCAAAACUCACACCUAUUGCUCAACCAGUUUGCAUCAUCCCCUGCUCACAAGAAAACAACCCAUCAAACAACACUCCGCCUCCUCCACAAGUGCAACCCACAACCGCUGCCUCCUCCUGGCUGAGUGGUUAUAACUUUGAGCCCAUUUCUCCUCCAAGUCAGCCAACUGAAUCUCGACAGUCAUCUCCAUCUCCAGAUGAAUGAUUUUACUUACACACACAUUGAAAUUGAACAUAAAUUAUAAUGGAAAAAAGAAAACAAAUUCAAAUUUUUUUUGUUGUUUUUGUUUAUGAAAUUUAACAUCAAAAAGUCAUAUUGACCAAUACAUUGUUUUAUCAACGUGAUUUUUGAUCUUCAUAAGCACAACCGGUUGUAAAUAUUAUUACUAUUUGUCAGGAUUAUUAACAGUACCAAUUAUUUGUUUA